CACUUCCAGAAGGAAGUUCCUGCUUGUUUUCAUAAUCAUCUGUUUUAUAUUGCGUUGUAAUCGCCAACUCUGGAUUAUCUCACUCUUGGUGGUAUGCGCAGUGGACAAAUCGGAGAGCAGUGUAAACAGAGCCGGAAAUCUGUUGUUCCCCAACUUCACCAGGUCGGAGGUCAGCUUUUGUUCUUUCUUCUGUUGCUGCUGUUGAUUGCUCCUGCAGCCAUGGAUACUCCAUUUGAAGCUGUAGCGAAGGGAAACUCGGAAUUCAGCCGAGAAUUCUACAGGGUAGUGGCUGAAGCCGAGCCCGGAAACUUGGUUUCCUCGCCCAUGAGUUGUCUGAUUGCCCUGGCGAUGGCUCACGCUGGGGCAAAGGGAGAUUCGAUCCCGAAAAUCGCCAGGGGACUGCGUCUGCCUGAGAACAUCACGGACGCUUUGAAGGGGCUCUCUGAAGUGGUACAACAGCUCAGGGAAGCGCAAAAAGUGGAGCUGUCGAUUGCCAACAAGAUCUACGUCAAGCAGGACUUCCCUAUUUUGGAAGAGUACUCCACGGCUCUCGAGAAGUACUUCCAGGUUGAAGCGGAGAACGUCGUGUUCACUGACCCCUCAACUGCGGACAAGAUCAACGAUUGGGUCUCCAAGCAGACCAAGGAUAAGAUCCAAAACCUCGUUGAUUCCAAUUCCUUUGACGGCAUGACUCGCUUGGUUCUGGUCAACGCCAUCUACUUCAAGGGCCCGUGGCUGAAGCCUUUCAAGAAGGACAAGACUCACAACAGGCCCUUCUUCACCGACGAAAAUAACAGCGUCGAAGUUCCGUUCAUGUACCAGAAGACGCACUUUCCCUACAGGAAACUGGAUGAGCUGGACGCCCAACUACUGGUCAUGCCCUAUGAGGGUCUUGAGCUGAGCAUGGCAAUCAUUUUGCCAAAUAAGAAGGAAGGCCUGAAAGAGUUGGAGGAAAAAUUGGCCACUGCAGACCUCGGAGAACUCCUGCAAUCUGGAUACCCCAGGGAUGUGGAGGUGUACCUGCCCAAGUUUAAGAUCGAGACUUCUUUGAAUCUAGUUGAUCAUUUGUCCAAGAUGGGGCUGAGCCACAUUUUCUCUGACGACGUGAACCUGACCGGAAUCAGCACAGCUGAUGAACUGAAGGUUUCCAAAGUCGUGCAGAAGGCAUUUAUAGAGGUCAGUGAGGAGGGCACUGAGGCUGCCGCUGCCACAGCUGCAGUUAUCAGAAUGAAGCGGAGUGCCUUUGAAAUUGACCGAAUUGUUUUUGACGCUGACCACCCGUUCAUCUUUAAUUUGGUUAUCAAGACGAACAUAUUGUUUUCUGGGCGCGUCCUCAAUUUCCCAAACAUGGCGAUUGUGAAAGAUGAACUUUGAGAUGCUCGCAUUAUUUAUUUUUUAAUUUCGCAGGGCUGGAACAAUGUAUUAGACAAUAUAAAUUAAUGUGAUACACAUGGUGGAAUAAGUUUUGAAGAUUGAGACAAGCUUUUCUUGUAUAUUCAUUCAAUUAUUAUUAUUAUUGCUUUUGUUUGUCGUUGAACUGUAAUUUCGCAUCGUGCACGUGCAUUUCUUCCAUCUGACACUCUAGAUUGUAAGGAUUGUAAGAACUAAAUCGAUGACAUUAAAUUUUUGCAGCUGCCAUUAUCGCGACCCGCAUGAUGGCAAUCCAGCCUCCGCCAAAAUUCAUGGCAGACCGCCCAUUCUUCUUUGCCCUAGUCCAACAAAAGUCACAUAAUUGCAUCUUCAGUGGCAGAUUGAUCAGUCCUUGAGUUCAAUGCCGUCCAGUCCAAUAUAUUUGCAGCGCUGUGCAUUUGCUAGACUCUAUAUUUCAAAUAAACACAAAGCUUGGCAAAUAAUGUUAAUAGCUUUCAACUUGGAAGUUUACAAUGUUUCUCUCUUUAAUUUCAGCUGUGUACUCCGAUAGCAUUUUCCGCGGACCGUAUUUGCAGUGCGACAGACCUUUUGCCUAUUUCUUGACUCACCGCAAGCACCGAUAUGCUGCACCCGUUGUUCUUUUCUCUGGUCAUAUUAUUAAACUACCUGUGACAAAUAAUGACGAAUAAUAAAUAAAUUCUGGCAACUGUACCGAUUGCCAAAAACUA